AGCGGUACUGCCAUCCUUUCAUCACGUUGGUCCAUUUACUCAGCGGGCCUUCCAUGAUGGACGCCAUCUUGGGAGCCGAUGAAUGGCAAAAGCGGUGGGUUCAGUCUAAACACAGAUCAGAUUAUGGUAAAUUUCGCAUAGGAGCAGGAAGGUUUUAUGGAGAUAGAGAAAAAGAUAUAGGCCUGCAGACAACUCAGGAUACAAAGUGGUAUGCAGUAUCAGCAAGGUUUCGACCCUUUAGUAAUGAAGGCCAGACCCUUGUGGUUCAGUAUACAGUAAAAUAUGAUCAACAAGUUGAUUGUGGUGGUGCUUAUAUUAAACUAUUUCAUGAAGACUUGAAACAAGAGAUUUUGAAUGAAGAUUCACAGUACUAUAUUAUGUUUGGCCCAGAUAUAUGUGGAGAACACAAAAAGAUUGUACAGGUUAUAUUCAACUAUAAAGAUGACUACUACUUCAUUAAAAAAACCAUCACAUGUGAGACUGAUGACUUUACCCAUCUGUACACUCUAAUAGUACGUCCAGAUUUAACAUAUGAAGUGAAGAUUGACAAUUAUGUGGCUGAGUCUGGCAACUUAGAAGAUGACUGGGAUUUUCUGCCUCCAAAGAAGAUAGUAGAUCCUUAUAUGCCAAAACCCGAUUACUGGGAUGAAAGGGAAACUAUCGAGGAUCCCAUGGACAAGAAACCAGAUGAUUGGGAUCAGCCAGAAAGAAUUCCUGAUCCAGGUGUGGAAAAACCAGAUGACUGGGAUGAAGAGAUGGAUGGGGAAUGGGCACCACCAUUGAUUCCAAACCCUGAGUACAGAGGCAUUUGGAAACCACGUAUUAUUAAGAACCCUAAUUACAAUGGCAUAUGGGUCCAACCAGAAGUUGACAACCCAGAUUACAAACCAGAUCCUGAUCUUUGCAAAUAUUUUAAUAUUAGUGUCAUUGGCUUAGAGAUUUUACAGGGGAAGUCCGGUACAAUUUUUGAUAAUUUUCUUAUCACAAAUGAUGAACAAUAUGCUGAAGAUGCUGGGAAUGAAAUGUGGGGUGCCACAUAUGAGAGAGAAUGGAAGAGAAGAGAAAGACAAGAUGUUGUGUAUAACAAAAUUAAUGAAAAACAGGAACCAAAGGGAAAGGAGGCCAAGAAAGGAAAGAAUGGAAAAGUACUCAACGUUAAAGAUGAACUGUAAACAACCAAAACUGUUGCAUAAUUACUUUCACUCAGUAUGAUAAUGACUUGUUCUUUCAUUUGAACUUCCAGAUACUUUGCUGAUUUUUUAUACCUUGUUACAGGAGCUCUGAAAGGAAAUGAUAAAAAAAUCUUGGUGAACAUAUUUUAUGAGUAGAUGAGUAGUAAUGACAGGAGAGUUUGAGAGUGCACCUACACUGUAGAAUUAAUGCAGUUUGACACCACUUUAACUACCGUGGCUCAAUGCUAUGGAAUCAUGGGACUUGUGAUUUGGCAAAACAUCAGCACUAUUUGACAGAGAAGGCUAAAGACUUCAGUAUUCAUGAUUCCAUAGCACUGAGCCAUGGCAAUUAAAGUGGUGUCAGACUGCACUAACUCCAUAGUGUAGAUGCACCUGGGUGUUUCACGAAGUAUAUCCUCCUACAUUUAAAGGGUUUAAGCUAAAGCGAAGGCAAUGAGGACUGUCCCUUUGGAUUAGAAUCACAGGGUAGAAAUAUAAAUAUAGGUAGCAUGAGGAUAAAUUUAUCUUUAGGAAUUGUAGCUGGAUAGAGUACUCCGGUUUAAAUUAGUGAAUUAAGUCAUCCAGAUGUUGUGCUGCAACUGUCAGCAUUUCUCAGUACUAAAGUAUAUGUUGUAGCUGAUGAGAAUUAUAAUCUAACGUUUAGUAGGCCACACUUUGCCCAUCCAGUUUAUAAAGAUUCAAUAUAUCCACCUAUCACUUCUAAACAUCAAGUAUCUUUGGGAGAAACUUGAGAUAGGAUUAAAAUUAUGUUGAUAUACCAACCACUUUGCUAUCUAACAUUCUCCUUGGCUGAGCUGAAGGACAGGCCUGCUUGUAGGAGAUACACAUUACAGUUAUGUGAGGUGUAAACAGUUAAAUAAAAUUUAACAAACAUGUAUAAUUACUUAUGUAGUCCUAUUACAUUCCUUUUCUUUUCCUAUAUCUGACAAAACAAUUUUUGAAGUAUUUUCCUUUCAAUUUGUUUUAAAAGAAUGAAUUUCUCUUAAUAAAUUCAUAUAUUUUUAUUUACUUACUGCAUUGUAACAGUACCUCUCCUUUUUAAUAUUUCCACUUGCCUCUACUAUGAUUCUCCCUGAAACCCUUUAUUAUCUAACACUAUUAAUGAUCUUCCUUUAACAUCAUGAUACUGGAUAAUAUGGGACUGCAACUUCCAGUGUACCUUAUCAUUUUCACACUGACUGGCUUCUGGGAACUGAUGUUCAGUAGAAUCUGGUGAUCCAAAUUUGGGGAUCACUGCUGUGAAUAGAAGUCCCCUGCAAAUCCAAAUUUGAAAUCUGUAAAAGAUUAAAGCAGCUUACUCAAGAUCCAAAGUUGAUUCUUGUUUGGCUGAUGCAGGACUUGGAGGCUCUGUGCUGCAGAUUCAAAUGUUUGUUUUUGGUUGAGCCUCCUAGCAAUUAACCUAUGAAGUUCCACAAGACUCAGUGUUGUCCUCUGUGGUUUCGAACAUUUACAUGAAGCUGUUGGAGGAGGCCAUCCAAAGAUUUGAGGAUGGAUAUGAUCAGUAUGCUGCUGAACAUCCAGUUCUCUGGAAGUCUUGAAUUGUAGUGAAAGACUGGAUGAGAAUAACAAACGGAGGCUGAGGUUGGGAUAAUAGUGGUUUAUAUAGGGCUGCAAGCCUUCCAAAAGAUCAGGUUAAUAGCUCAAGAAUGUUCUUGGACACAACUGUGCUCUUGGAAGGCCAGUUGGCUGCUGUGCCCAGGCGUGUCUUUGUCCAACAGUUUGCACCCUUUCAUAGGGAGGACAGAUCUGACCACAGUGGUUAAUGCCUUAAUUACUUCCAAAUAAAUUACUGUAGCUUCUUUUAUGUAGAUCUGUCCUUACAAAGUGUCCAGAAAGUAAUGUUCUCCAAAUUCCAGUGGCCAGACUGUUAUCAUACAUGCAUUUUAGAGAUCACAAAGGAUUCCAGUUGGCUUCCAAACUUAAUUCAACAUCUUGCUUUGGCCUAUAAGGUUCUAAAAAGCUUGAGGCUAAAAUACCUGAAAACCUAUCCCCUCCCAUAUGAGCCUUUCUGAAAUAUAUGACCAUGAUUGGAGACACUAUCUUGCAAAGUAGCACCCAGCAUGUCAAACACAAUUUCCCAAAGGAGAUCAUCCAGACUCCAUCCCUUCUAAUUUCUUGUGGCUGGUGAAGACUAUUUCACUUUUAAGUUUAAUUUUAAGGUUUUAUUUUUGGAGUGCUUUAUUACCCGGUGAUUACUGCAUAUAUACUAGUAUAGAAGUUGGCCUCAUGUAUAAUUCAGAAGUGGGAUUGGUGGGCAAAAUUAUGGAUUUUAAUAUGACUUAUGGAUAAAUCGAGAAUCAUUCUGGGAAGAUGGGAAAGGACCAAUGCUGCCUCAAGGAAUGAGCUAUCCCUAGUUGCCGCCACUGCCAUUUCCCCACCCAGGCAUUCAAAGAGGGCAGAAGUGGGAGAGAGAGAGAGAGGGUGGAGAGGGACAAUGACUGAUGGAUAAAUUGACCCAGAAUUUUCUUUUCUUUUUUUUGAGCCAAUUUUUGACUAAAAUUUCUAGAUUGUUAAUUAGUAUAUACAGGUCUUUUGAUUGUGUGACAUCCCUGGCUGACCUUUCACAGAAUUGCCUAACUUUCUGACAUUAGGUGAAUAUAAACUGAAAUAAUCUUUUUUGCUUAUGUACAUAUGAUGGUUAUCCGGAAAGUAAGGUUAUAAGACAUGUACCUCUCACAGGGAAUUUUCUUGGGGGUAGUUGGUAUCACUGCUGUGUAGCGGGAAGCCAGUGGAAGCGAAUGAGCAGUGCCAGUCAUCAGUAGCUCAUUGACUGGCAUUUUGUUGAAGGUUAGAGAUGUGUGUCCUCAUUCCAUUUCCCUCCAAUGGAAUACACGCUAUAAUACACUACCUAAUUAUAUUUAAAUAUAUUGUUAUUUUAAAUGUGUUACUGUAAUUGUGAACUAUGAUAUUUUACUGAUUGUAUGUGUUUUUAUGGUUGGAAACCGGGCUGAGUCCCUCAAUGAGGUGAGAAGGUCGGUAUAGAAAACUUUGAAAUAAAUAAAUAAAUAAAUGCUAAGGGCAUGAACGCCGCUGCGAUUCAUCAUGAAAUCAUUUCAGUUUAUAGAGAGGAUGUAAUGUCAAGACAGCAUGUGACAAAAUAGAUACUAAAUAUAUUGUGAGACCAUGAAGAAACUUCGCAGAGCCAUCCAAAACAAAUGUUGUGGGAUGCUGUCAGCGGGAGUGUGUCUCCUUCAUGACAAUGCGCAUCCACACACUGCUCAUAUGACACAAGAGUUGUUGACUUCAUUUGGUUGGGAUGUCUCACAGCCCCGAUCUUGCAUCCAGUGACUAUCAUCUGUUCACUAAAUUGAACGUUGGUGGAAAACACUUCUCCAACAACGAGGUGAAAGUGAAAUUGAUGAACUGGCUGAAAAUGGUGGAGGAAAACUUCUAUGACACAAACAUCAAAAACUUGUCCCACUGAUGACAAAAUGUAUUAAACUGAAUGGUGAUUAUGUGAAAAAAUAAUGUAACACCUAUGCUACAAUUCAUGUAAGUUUUAUUAAAAUAUAUUCAUUCUUCGUA